CAUAUAUACAUAAAUCCACAGUUACUGUUAGCCUUUACAAAAAAAGGAAAAAUGGGUAGCCCUCAAUUAGUUGCAUGUAUAGCACUGUUUUGUGCAUUGAUGGCGUUGUGCCUGCUUCCUCACCAUGCAAAUGCCAUCACCAGGCGCUUCGACUUCAAUAUCAAAAUGCAAAAUGUAACACGAUUAUGCCACACGAAGAGCAUGGUGACUGUGAACGGGAAAUUCCCAGGGCCUCGUGUAGUAGCAAGGGAGGGAGAUCGCCUACUCAUAAAAGUCACCAAUCAUGUCCCCAACAAUAUCACCAUCCACUGGCAUGGAAUUAGGCAACUCCGGAGUGGAUGGGCAGAUGGGCCGGCGUAUAUCACACAGUGCCCCAUCACUGCCCAAACCUAUGUCUACAAUUUCACACUUGUUGGCCAAAGAGGAACCCUUUUUUGGCAUGCACAUAUUUCCUGGCUUAGAGCUACUCUUUACGGUCCUAUCAUCAUCCUCCCCAAGAUAAAUGUUGAUUAUCCAUUCCAGAAACCCUACAAGGAAAUCCCCAUCAUAUUUGGAGAAUGGUUCAAUGCCGACCCGGAAGCCAUCAUCAAGCAAGCUCUAGCCAGCGGCGGCGGCCCCAACGUCUCCGACGCCUACACCAUCAACGGCCUUCCGGGCCCACUCUACAACUGUUCUGCCAAAGAUACAUUCAAAUUGAAGGUGAAGGCAGGCAAGACGUACCUCCUCCGCAUCAUCAACGCCGCACUCAACGACGAGCUCUUCUUCAGCAUCGCCAACCACACUCUCACGGUGGUCGACGUCGACGCAGUCUACGUCAAGCCCUUCCAGACCACCACCAUACUCAUCACACCGGGCCAGACCACCAACGUACUUCUCCACACCAAACCACGCUUCCCCGCGGCCACUUUCCUCAUGACCGCCCGCCCCUACGUCACCGGCCAGGGCACCUUCGACAACUCCACCGUCGCCGGAAUUCUCGAGUACGAGGCACCAUCCCUUCACAUAAAAAACCUCCCUCUCUACAAGCCCCUCCUCCCGCCUCUCAACGACACCUCCUUCGCCACCUGCUUCGCGGGGAAGCUCCGCAGCCUGGCGAGCGCGGAGUUCCCCGCGAAGGUGCCGCGGAGGGUGGAGAGGCGCUUCUUCUUCACCGUGGGAUUGGGCACGAGCCCGUGCGACAGGCCGGACGCCACGUGUCAGGGCCCGAACGGGACCAAAUUCGCGGCGUCCGUUAGCAACGUGAGCUUCGUGCAGCCCACGACGGCCCUCCUGGAGGCCCACUUCACGGGCCGGUCGCGGGGCGUGUACAGCCCAGAUUUUCCGGUCAGCCCGCUCCGCUGGUUCAACUACACCGGCACCCCUCCGAACAACACGGCGGUGGGGAAUGUCACGAAGCUGGUGGUUCUGCCGUUCAACGCGAGUGUGGAGGUGGUGAUGCAGGAUACCAGUAUUCUUGGAGCUGAGAGCCAUCCCCUCCAUCUCCAUGGAUUCAAUUUUUUUGUGGUUGGACAGGGUUUCGGAAACUACGACCCGGUUAAUGACCCGAAUAGCUUCAAUCUGGUCGACCCAGUUGAGAGGAAUACGGUUGGUGUGCCGGCGGGUGGAUGGGUUGCCAUUCGUUUUUUCGCUGAUAAUCCAGGUGUAUGGUUCAUGCAUUGCCAUCUUGAAGUUCACACGAGUUGGGGUUUGAAGAUGGCAUGGCUUGUUUUGGAUGGGAAGCUUCCAAAUCAAAAGCUCCUUCCUCCACCGUCCGAUCUUCCCAAAUGCUGAUGAUCUUGUUUUGUUUUGUUUGUUUGGUUUUCAUUUCCCCCUCCCAUCCUAUUUUAUCGUCAGCUGAGUUGACUGGCCUUUUCCUAAUUAAUUUUUGCGGAAUUGAUGUUUGCCAUUGUUUCUUUGUUUGGUUAUCACCUUUUUCUCUUCGAGUUUUGUGCAAAGUACUUUGUAGUUUGUAGUCUUUUGUAAUGGUAUAUAUAUGUUCCAAUAAAGUAAAAUUUGGUGCUC